CACCUUGGGCGCGAGGGGGGCCGCGCGCGCACGGGACCCGGAGCCGAGGGCCAUUGAGUGGCGAUGGCGGCGACGGCGAGUGCCGGGGCCGGCGGGAUGGACGGGAAGCCCCGUACCUCCCCUAAGUCCAUCAAGUUCCUGUUUGGGGGCCUGGCCGGGAUGGGAGCUACAGUUUUUGUCCAGCCCCUGGACCUGGUGAAGAACCGGAUGCAGCUGAGUGGGGAAGGGGCCAAGACUCGAGAGUACAAAACCAGCUUCCAUGCCCUCACCAGUAUCCUGAAGGCAGAAGGCCUGAGGGGCAUUUACACCGGGUAUUGGGGCCUCAGGAUGGAGGGUAGGCUGUGGGUUGGUAGCUCCAGACCUUGGCCUGAUAUGCUGACCCCUCUGCUCCUCAGGCUGUCGGCUGGCCUGCUGCGCCAGGCCACCUACACCACUACCCGCCUUGGCAUCUAUACCGUGUUGUUUGAGCGCUUGACUGGGGCUGAUGGUACUCCCCCUGGCUUUCUGCUGAAGGCUCUGAUUGGCAUGACGGCAGGUGCCACUGGUGCCUUUGUGGGAACACCAGCCGAAGUGGCUCUUAUCCGCAUGACUGCGGAUGGCCGGCUUCCAGCUGACCAGCGCCGUGGCUACAAAAAUGUGUUUAAUGCCCUGAUUCGGAUCACCCGGGAAGAGGGAGUCCUCACCCUGUGGCGGGGCUGCAUCCCUACCAUGGCUCGGGCCGUCGUCGUCAAUGCUGCCCAGCUGGCCUCCUACUCCCAAUCCAAGCAGUUCUUGCUGGACUCAGGCUACUUCUCUGACAACAUCUUGUGCCACUUCUGUGCCAGCAUGAUAAGCGGUCUUGUCACCACUGCUGCCUCCAUGCCUGUGGAUAUUGCCAAGACCCGAAUCCAGAACAUGCGGAUGAUUGAUGGGAAGCCGGAAUACAAGAAUGGACUGGAUGUCCUGUUCAAGGUUGUCCGCUACGAGGGCUUCUUCAGCCUGUGGAAGGGCUUCACACCGUACUAUGCCCGCCUGGGUCCCCACACCGUCCUCACCUUCAUCUUCUUGGAGCAGAUGAACAAGGCCUACAGGCGUCUCUUCCUCAGUGGCUGAAGCGGCCGGGGGCUCCCACUUGCCUGCUGCGUCUAUGGCCACUGCGCCCUGGGGGCCUGGGCUCUGCUGCCCUGGACCCCUCUAUUUAUUUCCCUUCCACAGUGUGGUUUCUUCCUCUGCGGUAAAGGACUUGGUCUGUUCUACCCCCUGCUCCAGCUUGCCCUGCUCAUCCUGAUCCUGUGAUUUCUCUGUCCCUGGCUAUUCUUGCAGGGAGCUGGAAAACUUCCUGAGGAUUUCUGGCCUCCCCCUGGGUUUUAGUUUCAGGGCACACAGGACAGCAGAAGAUCCCCCUUCUCAUUGGGGAAACCAAGGCAGAACUGAGGGGAUAGGGAGGAGCAGAAGCCAUCAAGAUGGUCAAAGGACCUACAGAGGGAGAUGUGGCCCUUCCUCCCCCUCACUGAGGACUUAAUAAAUCGGAUUGAUGACACCAG